GGAAAGAAACUGUAAUAUGUCAGACAUCAAGAAAUCAAGAGCAAAAACAAAACAGAAUAUUUUUGUGAUGCAAAAUGAACAAACCUUCAAAUGGUGAAAGAUGAUUGACAGAAAACGCAGAAAGUUAAAUGUAAUUUGUAAAAAAGUAUAUUUGAUAUGUAAAUAUUGUUUUGAUAAUUGUAAAUAUUAAGUUGUAACAGUACUGUGAUAUUUGUAAUGGCUGAUGAGGGGUCAGAUCAAGAAGUUCGAAAAACCCUUCAUAUGAUCCAAUCUAUGAUUGAUGUUUCUGCUCAACGUUUAGAAGGACUGAGAACACAAUGUGCUACAAGUGCAGAACUAACUCAACAAGAAAUACGAACCCUAGAGGGCAAGCUUAUUACAAUGUUCUCAGAACAGCUAGUGAUAAAAUUAAAAUUGAAAAAAGGUUGUGAAGAACAUAUACCCUCACUGACACAAUGGUUACAAGUGGUUGGUUUAGAUAAAUCAAGCAUACUUGUUCUCUGUCAAAGGAUCGCCUCAGUUGAAGAACUUCAAGAGAAGUCAGAUAAUGAAUUAAAAGUUAUUUUAAAUGAUAAAAGUUCCAAACCUGAAGAAUUAAAUAAAUUAUGCAGGGCUUUACACAAUUUGAAAAGAUAUGUAGGUAAACUUAAAAGAGGCGAGAAGGAUUGCAACGAUACAUUUGAUCUCCACUGGGACUCAUGGGUACCAGACCAUCACCAUCAAGUCAAGACUGGUUUGUCGCCAAGGCCAGGACGCUCGAGGGCAGCUCGAACAUCCGUUCCUUGUGAAGAGAGCAUCGGUCUAAACAACAACAAUAACAAUAGGGGAGGUGCGAUUAUUCCACCUUCAUCUUCAGUGUCUAGUAUUGACACCUUGAAUGCUCAGUGUAAUGUGCUUGGACCUCCUUUAACUCCUCCUGGUCAAGGGAGGGGAAAAGGUUCAAAAUUUCCUACGACGCCCCCUGCCAGGAGAAGACAUCAAACGGGCAUUCCGCCAUCUUUAUUACCUGAGUAUCCUUUAACUAAGAGUAAGUCACACGAAUCACAGUUAGCAAGCCCCAAAGGAGAAACUGAAGCGAAAGCCCCAAAUGGUACGGGCUCUGUUGGGAGAAGAGGAAGAUUACCUACAGAACCAGGUCCGAACACAAUGGGUUAUUCUAGUCCAUUAACUACAAGUCCUAUUAAGUCACCACCUUAUAAUCACACCGUUACGUCAUGCGAUAGUGACGAUAAUAGUUAUAAAUCUAUAAGUCUCCAGGUUCCCAAAUCACCGAGAACACCGACGGUAAUGGGCAAAGUAAUGACGCAUCAGAUCAAGCAUAGGUUCACGAAAACAUUCAAGAUGAUGUCUUCGUGUGGUUAUUGUCAAAAACCGAUUUAUUUCGGUAGCGGACUGAAAUGUAAAGAAUGUAAAUAUACCUGUCAUAGAGACUGUGAAGACAAAGUGACUCCGUCAUGCGGACUACCUCCUGAAUUACUUAACGAAUUUAAGAAGACUUUUCCAAUAGAAGCAGGUAAUCCAUUUGUGUCUCCUACUACAGGGAGAGCUAGCACAAAGAGUGCUGGUAGAGUCUUAAAAACUAGGCCGAGGAAGAAUUCACAUCCUCAACCCACAACCAAUACUCCAGCCUUCCCGCCUCACGAUUCGAGUUCAAAUACAUCAAGUUGUAAUAGUUCCACACCAUCUAGUCCUGCUGUACAAACGCUAACGACUCCUCACUCUAGUCAGAAAUCGACGUUUCAUUUUCCAGAUGUCACUCUAGGGGAGACAACGAACGAGGUGAAAUUAGAGACUUAUCCUCUACCACCGAUGCCGAUAUUUCAUCGAGACAUAAUAAGUUCACAACAAUCGACGGAUACCGAUAGAACGGCAUCCCAGACGUCAGAAAGUGCGAGUACGGAUUCAGACAAGACCCCCGUUAGGGUUGAUUCCCAGGACAGUCAAGUGUCCGACAGUGAUACAAUUACUGAUCCUCACAGAUGGCCUCGACAGAAUAGUCUUUCAAUGCGAGAAUGGGAUAUUCCUUACGACGAAUUAAAAAUGGGAGAUGUCAUCGGAACGGGCCGAUUCGGCACAGUAUACAGAGGUCAAUGGCACGGUGACGUAGCUGUAAAAGUAUUAAAUGUUAAUUAUUUAAAGGACGAAAAAACUUUAGAGCAAUUUAAAAACGAAGUUUCGACUUUUAGGAAAACUAGGCACGAAAAUCUAAUUUUGUUUAUGGGAGCGUGCAUGAAACCGCCUAAGUUGGCCAUAGUUACCAGUUUAAUAUCGAAAGGAAUGACAUUGUACACUCACAUACAUCUCAGGAAAGAAAAAUUUAAUAUGAAUAAGACGACGAAUGUAGCUCAGCAAAUAUCUCAGGGAAUGGGUUAUCUUCACGCUAAGGGUAUUAUACACAAAGAUUUAAAAAGUAAAAAUAUAUUUGUUGAAAAUGGAAAAGUUGUCAUAGCAGAUUUUGGACUAUUUAGCGUAACCAAGUUAUGUUUUGGAAAUAGGCGAACAGAUAGUUUAGGAAUACCUCCCGGUUGGCUAUGUUAUUUAUCACCGGAGAUAAUGCGAAGUUUACAUGCACAUCAACCUCACGAUGAAGAACUGCCAUUUAGUAAGGCUUCAGAUGUCUACGCUUUCGGAACCGUAUGGUACGAAUUGCUGUGUGGUGAAUGGCCUUUUAAAGCUCAACCACCCGAAGCAGUCAUCUGGCAAGUAGGAAAAGGAAUGAAACAACCCCUUGCGAAUCUUCAAGCGUCUAGAGAUGUAAAGGAUAUAUUAAUGCUCUGCUGGUCAUUCCAUUCCAACGACAGGCCUGAUUUCAUCAGGUUACUAAACAUCCUCGAUAAGCUGCCAAAGAAACGACUGGCUCGCAGUCCAUCUCAUCCUAUUCAUCUUUCUAGGUCGGCUGAAUCUGUAUUCUAAAAGUUGUUAAGCAUUUUCAAAGUAUGGUGUACCAUUUGCCCGAUAUGUGUUACAUGAAAGACAAAAAAUAAAUUAAAGUUGACAAAUUUUUGUUCAAGUUAUUUGCGGAAUUAUGAGAUUGACAUUUGGAGAAUGUCUCACAUUUAUUUACUAUUCUAAUGUUUUUGCAACGCUGUGGGAUUCUGACGUCAGAAAUCUCGAAUGACGUAAGCGUAUUUUUGUAUUAAAAAAGUAUACAGUAAUUCCAUAGAUAUAGAUAUAUGUAUGUAAAAAAAAUAUAUCAUCAUCCAAUGAACGGUUCAGAAGAAAAAUAGCCUUAUAGUAAAUUUAAGAUGAUGCGUUAAUUUUGACAAGUGUUAAUGGGGACAUCACUGAAAAAUCAAUCUCUCUCAAAAUUUCAUCAAUAUAACUUUACUCUUAAGUGACUCUAACGGUCAGUUUCACAAUCAGUGGUUAACCCUAGAGGUCAACUGACCUUUACCCAUAGACUAACUGACAGUUGCAGUUUCACAUCCACAGAUUCAGUUAUGGUCACAUGGCUUAUGGCCAUAAGUUUUUUUUAUUUUUCUUAUGUUGGUAUGAAAUUAUGGACAAUGAUCAGCAGAAAGCAUUGACAAUUAUCAGCAUUUUUACGGAGAAACAUUUUUAUGAAGAAUUAUCAGCAUAUUAUGAACAUUGAGAAGUAUAGAUGAGUUUUGACCAAUUUUUAUUAGGAUAAAUUCUAUAAAUUGU